AUGGCUCUCAAUCCAGCUUCGCACAACCCUGCCGGCCUCAAGACCGGUCCGGCUUCUGGCCAGCCACCAGCAGCAUCUGCAGAAGCGACGGCCGCAAUCAUCGGGUCGGCGAAGGAAGAUCUUAUGGGGCAACACGAUGGCGGACAUGAUAGAGGAGACAAGGAAGCUGGGACUAAAGUGAAGAGCGCAAAAGAAUUAGACAAGGAGAAAAAGAAAGCCGAGAAGCAAAAGAAAUUCGAGGAAAAGAAAGCAAAGACUACAGUAGCCUCGGGUAGCGCAGAGCUUUCUAAGAGCAAGGAGAAAAAGGCCAAGCAAGAAACCGUGAAAGAGGACGCUUUGCCGGAAUACAAGGAGCCUACUCCACCAGGGCAGAAGAAGAUUCUGCAGUCAUUAGAUGACCCUUACCACAAGGCAUAUAUUCCCAAGGUAGUUGAAUCAGGUUGGUAUGCAUGGUGGGAGAAGUCUGGUUUCUUUGAGCCUGAAUUAGGUCCAGACGGAAAGAUCAAGCAACAAGGGUCUUUUAUCAUUCCAGAGCCCCCUCCCAAUGUUACAGGAGUGCUGCAUAUGGGCCAUGCGUUGCCGAAUGCGCUACAAGAUACCUUAAUAAGAUGGAAUAGGAUGCGAGGUCUGACGACGCUCUGGGUCCCUGGUUGUGAUCAUGCCAGUAUAUCCACCCAAACCGUCGUAGAGAAGAUGCUGCGGCGGCAGGGUAUCUCAAGGAUUGAUCUGGGGAGGAAGAAGUUCCUUGAGACAGUUUCCGAGUGGAAAGAGGAGAAGAAAGACAAUAUAAAUAAUGUCAUCCGGCGAAUGGGUGGGUCUCUAGACUGGACCCGGGAGCGAUUUACCAUGGACGAAGGACAUACAAUAGCGACGGUAGAGCACUUUGUACGGCUACACGAGGAAGGUCUGAUUUACCGCGCCAAUCGACUCGUCAACUGGUGCACAGCACUGAACACUGCAAUUUCAAAUAUAGAGAUAGACAGCAAAGAGCUUGAAGGACGAAGUCUUCUCAGCCUCCCAGGUUACGACAGAAAGGUAGAAUUUGGUGUUAUGACGCAUUUCUAUUAUACUAUUGACGGGAGUGACGAAAAGAUUGAGAUAGCGACUACUCGGCCUGAAACUAUGCUGGGUGACACAGGAAUUGCCAUCUGCCCUACAGAAGCUCGGUGGAAGCACCUCGUUGGCAAGAAUGCUAGACAUCCUUUCAUCAAGGAUCGACUCCUCCCUAUAUUUACUGACGAUCAUGUUAAGGAAGGACUCGGGACUGGUGCAAUGAAAGUGACACCAGCACAUGACCUUGCCGAUUAUGAUAUAGGCAAAAGACACAAUCUAGAGUUCAUCAACAUUCUCACUGAUGAUGGCUUGAUGAAUGAAAAUACGGGAGAUUUCAAGGGCAUGAAGCGGUACGACGCGCGAUACAAGGUCGUUGAGGCUUGGAAAAAUUGUGGGCUUUACGUUAAAUCGGUGAAUAACCCCAUGGUGAUCCCAGUUUGUCAAAAGACUGGAGAUGUGAUUGAGUACAUUCUUAAGCCUCAAUGGUGGAUGAAUAUGCGAAGUAUGGCGGAUACAGCAAUAAAAGCAGUUGAAGACGGUGAUAUUGCAAUCAAACCCGAGACGGCAGAGAGAGAUUAUCAUCGAUGGCUUAAAGAUAUCAAUCCUUGGUGUAUAUCAAGACAGCUAUGGUGGGGCCAUCAAAUCCCAGCUUAUUUUGCUGUUGUUGAGGGUGAGCCAAAUGAUCGUUCCGAUAGUUCACGGUGGGUAGCUGGCCGUUCAAAAGAGGAAGCAGAGCAGAAGGCGAAGGCAAAAUUCCCAGGUAAAGCCCUCAAAUUAGAGCAAGACGAAGACGUCUUCGACACUUGGUUCACCUCGAGCUUGUGGCCUUUUUCAAUUAUGGGCUGGCCUAAAAACACCUCGGACAUGGAACUUUUCUACCCAACGUCGCUACUUGAAACGGGUUGGGAUAUCUUGACUUUCUGGGUUGUUAGAAUGGUCAUGCUUGGCAUCAAACUCACAGGGAAAGUGCCUUUCAAAGAAGUAUAUUGCCAUUCACUGGUUAGAGACUCAGAAGGCCGGAAAAUGUCAAAGUCCUUGGGCAAUGUUAUAGACCCUAUUGAUGUGAUGGAAGGUAUCACUCUUGAAAGACUCCAGCACAAAUUACAGACUGGGAAUCUGGACCCGAAAGAAUUAGCAACCGCAACCAAAUGGCAGAAAUCAUCGUUCCCAGAUGGUAUACCAGAGUGUGGUGCUGACGCUCUACGCUUCUCAUUAAUUAAUUAUACGACUGGAGGUGGUGAUAUAAAUUUCGACAUCAAAGUAAUGCAUGGCUACCGACGCUUUUGCAACAAGAUCUAUCAAGCUACUAAAUAUGUCCUUGGAAAAUUACCGCCCGAUUUUAGGCCACUUCCAUCCGCUACAAAGAGCGGCAAAGAAGCUGUUGCGGAGCUGUGGAUUCUACACAAGCUCACGACCACUGCUGGCCAAGUUAACAAGGCGUUAGCAGCCCGCGAAUUUUCCGACGCUACUCAAAGUUCCUACCAUUUCUGGUACAACAAUCUUUGUGAUGUCUACAUCGAGAACUCAAAGACAAUCAUUCAGGAUGGCACACCAGAGGAGCGUGAAUCGGCGCAACAGACGCUUUACACAACCCUUGAGGGUGCUCUCACACUGAUUCACCCUUUCAUGCCAUUCCUUACGGAAGAGCUCUGGCAACGUCUACCUAGAAGACCAGGAGACUCAUGUCCUAGCAUUGUCAAAGCAGCCUUCCCUCAGUAUGACAAAAGCCUUGAUGAUCCGGCUAGCGAAGAAGCAUAUGAGCUUGUCCUAGGUGUCAGCAAAGCAGUUCGAAGCCUUGCCGCGGCCUAUGACAUCAAAGAUAAUGCUAUCAUAUACGUGAAGCCUCAUUCCUCUCAAGCUUCAGACACGUGCAAGGAGCAGUUGCCAUCAAUAAAGAGUCUUGGCGGCCGGGCUACCUAUGGAUCCUCGUCUCUUGUUACCGUUCUUUCAUCAGACGACGUAGAUCCGAGCGGCUGCAUUCCACAAGCCGUUGGGGCGUCUUGUGCGGUCUUUCUCUUCGUGAAAGAUCGCAUUGACAUUGACAAGGAGAUUGAGAAAGCGAAGACACGAAGAGACAGAUCGAGUGAGACCAUUAAAAAGCAACGAGCCAUCAUCAACGGUGACGGAUGGGCAAAAAUGAAGGAAGAAGCACAGAGGGUUGAGAAGAAAAAGUUGGAGGAUGCGGAAAGCGAAGUCGCGUUACUAGAAGGGUCUAUAUCGCAAUUCCAGCAGUUGAGACUUGAUUGA